GUAAUGAAAAUCUUGCGGCACAAGUACCUCAUCAGCUUCUAUCAGGCCAUUGAGACCACAUCUCGAGUGUACAUCAUUCUGGAGCUGGCUCAGGGUGGUGACGUCCUUGAAUGGAUCCAGCGCUAUGGGGCCUGCUCUGAGCCCCUUGCUGGCAAGUGGUUCUCCCAGAUGACCCUGGGCAUGGCCUACCUGCACAGCAAGGGCAUCGUGCACCGGGAUUUAAAGCUGGAAAACCUGCUGCUGGACAAGCAGGAGAACGUGAAGAUUUCAGACUUCGGCUUCGCCAAGAUGGUGUCUUCUAACCAGAUCAGCCAAAGAAGCUCCUCUUACCAGCGCUUGAGCAUCCUUUCCCAACUCAGCCAGACCUACUGUGGCAGCUUUGCUUAUUCCUGUCCGGAGAUCUUGCGGGGCUUGCCCUACAACCCUUUCCUGUCUGACACCUGGAGCAUGGGCGUCAUCCUCUACACUCUAGUGGUCGCUCAUCUGCCCUUUGAUGACACCAAUCUCAAGAAGCUCCUGAGAGGGACUCAGAAGGAGGUCACUUUCCCACCUAGCCAUGCCGUCUCCCAGGAGUGCAAGAACCUGAUCCUCCAGAUGCUAUGCCAAGCUGCCAAGCGAGCCAACAUCCUGGACAUCAUCAAGGACCCCUGGGUGCUCAAAUUUCAGCCUGAGCCACCCACCUAUGAGAUCAAGCUGCUUGAGGCCAUGUACCAGUCUCCCAACACCACGAAUCUGCAGCAACCCUUGGAGUGAGCUGAAAAUGGUGGAGGCAGGGCCUGCGAGGAGCAAAGCAGGAGGGAUUGGGUUGACAGAUCCUUUACAUCGAAAAUAAAUUCAAUUUUUUGUUUGUU